UUGGAGAUGUAGCAAAAUAUAGCUUAGAUGCAAAAUUUGCGCAAUUGCAUUUAAAUCUUACACGACAAGGGCAGGGAAAUAGUCAUAGCUUGAGAUGUCGAUAAGUGUAACGAGUGCAAAAUGCCUGGUAUUAUAGUUUUUGGUCGUCGAUGGUCUGUCGGCUCUGAUGACUUUAUUUUGCCAGCUCUGUUUUUGUUGAUAUUGCACAUAUCAUGGGUUAUUGGACUGGCUAUUAUUUUUGGCCUGAUAGAGUUCGACCAAGAGGUUGCAUGCUCCAGGGAUCUUCACGAUCAUAUUCUCGGCUAUCUGGUGAUCUUGUCGGUAUGUGUUGUCCUGGAGGCCGUGAUCGCGGGUGUCAGUCUGCGUGGAGGGAUCCUUGACAGUGGACCUCGUGAUAGUAUGCAAUAUCUCCUGUAUGGAAGACUUCUUAUAUUACUUGGAGAAGUGUCUUGGCUGGUUGUUGGAGUGGUUUGGUUUGUAAGACAUUAUACCACGUGUCAUCCAGUUGCUGCAAAGAAAGCUGUAUUAGGCGUGGUUGUGUGCAACUGGAUAGUGAUGCUGUCCGUGCUGAUCUCACUGUGGUGUACGUUCGACUCGGCCGGGCGCAAGUGGGUGAAGAUGAAGAAGUACCAGGAGAGUCUGAAGGAGAGCAGAAAGGCUAGCCAUCGAGUUUCGGGCAGCACGCGGCGGAACUGGAGACAGAGGUCUAGAGUUAUAAAGGGCUUUUUUCUUCAGAAGCUACGCAGGAAAGCCUUCCGUGCCUAUGAAGAAAGCUGGGACCGUCGCCUACAGCUUCUCUGCUGCUGUGUGAAAAGGAAAGGCAGGAAUCAAAACUCCCUUGCAGAAAUUGCUCAACUUUUAACUGAAUUCUUCCGUGAUUUGGACGUGGUGCCUUCUGAUGUCAUAGCUGGCCUCGUACUGCUUCGGCAGUCUCAGAAGAAGCGCAUGAAACUGACUGUGGAACAGGGCAGCAAUGAUGUGUACCAGUAUUUAUCUGGAGUGCCAAUCACCCCCCAGACCCAGUUCCUACAGCUGAGUGAGCCCGACGUGAUGAGUGACUACCAGAAACUCAUCCAUUACAUGAGGUUUGCACUCGCUGCCUACGGCUGGCCGGGCUACUUCAAGGCCAACCCAGGAACCUGGCUCUGUCGGUUGACACCCUUCCUCAGCUGUUGCUGCUGUAUGAAACGAGAUACUCCUUCAGUUGCGGGUGACAACUGCUGCUUGUGUAAUUUUGCCGCACUGAGACGCAUAAGCAAACUGCAGGUGUUUGAUGUAGUGUAUGCCACCUAUCAUGUGGAUAUUGGGGAGACACCAUUCUUUGUUGCUCUUGAUCAUUGUUACAAGAAGGUCGUCGUGUGUGUUCGUGGCACAAUGUCUUUACAGGAUGUUUUGACUGACCUGAAGGCUGAACCAGAAGUGUUGCCUUUGAAUCCUCCUCAAGAGGACUGGCUAGGACAUAAGGGCAUGGUCCAAGCUGCUCUGUAUAUCAAGAAAGAGUUAAACACAAAGCAGAUUAUCUGUAAGGCAAUGAAUGAGGCUGAGGAGAAGACCUCGGAGAAGUAUGACCUGGUGAUGGUCGGUCACUCACUGGGAGCAGGCACAGCCGCCAUCCUGGCGAUUCUUCUUCGACAGGAGUACCCCACUCUACACUGCUAUGCUUACUCGCCACCGGGAGGUCUGCUCAGUUUGACCUGUGUGGAAGAAACCAAGUGUUACAUCACGUCUGUUGUUGUCGGCAAGGAUUGUGUGCCAAGAAUUGGUCUACCUCAGAUGGAACUUCUUCGAACAGAUAUUAUUAACAUGAUCAAAGAAAGUUCAGAACCCAAGUGGAAAAUCAUAUCCUCUGCCAUGUCGUGUUGCCUUGGCAAGGAAGAUGAGAAAAAGUCGUCGGCUGACCACAUGUUGAGGAGGGACGUGACGGCGCACCCUAGCGACGCCCACAUCGGUUUGUCGGCCACCGCACCGCUCUACCCGCCAGGAACCAUCAUCCAUGUUGUCAGGACACACCCGCCUCAGGAAAAGAGUUCACUGUGUUGUGACAAUCCCAAGCCGGUGUACCAAGCCGUGUGGGCCAAUAAUGCUGAUUUUGAUGAAGUUCUCAUCUCGCCAACGAUGAUUAACGACCAUAUGCCAGACAGCGUACUGGAUGCUCUCGAACGGGUACUUGUUAAAGUCGGACCACCCAAGCCAGUCCGGACACUGACGGAGGCCGAAAGAAAGGUCCUACUGUCCCACGACUCGUUGUCCUCCAAACAUUCAUCACCUCUUAAAGAUGGCGUGGAGAUGAAUUUCCCAUCAAACUGGUGUUCGGCCAGCAACACCCACAGCUCGGCAACAAACGACUACUCGACUGCGGACCACCAGUGGGAAGACAUUCCUCUCCAGUCGUCGAGCGGAGGGAACACUUCGCGCGACCUUCUCGAACCAGACUCGGUCUCGCAGCCAUCCAGCACGGACGCAUGUCCUGAAGACAUCAGACGACACGUGGCACUGACGCUGAGGUUCCAACAGGACUACAAGGUGGAAACAGCACCGCUGGCCAGUCCAGAAACGCUGUCGGCAUCUUCAAGUCUCGCCCUCAUCAGCUCGGCUCCUGAUGGGAAGGUCUACAGACUGCAGCCCAGUUUCUCCGAGCUUGAAACCAUAGCCCAGUCUCCAGAGCAUAGGGUACAAAAUGAUGUGUUGAGUAACAUGCAGAGCUCUCGGGUCGGUCGUCCCAAUAACGAUGAUGGUAGCUUGUUAAACAAGAGUGAAGUGGCCGAUCUGUGUAUGAGUAACACAGACAGUAAUCUGAACUCGACAAACGAGAAGGACAGAUGUGAAAGGGAUGUCUCUAAAAACUUCAACAUUGAUGCAGUGGUCACAGUCUGUGAGAUGCCUCAGCAGCAGGAGCAGAAGCUUGUUCCUAAGGUUAACAGUUACGUGACUGAACCGGCAGAUAAUGCCGGGAGGCCCAGAACAGCCCUGACGGUGGUGAAGGAGAAUGUCACCAUUUCGCAGCACUCCCCGGAUGAGUGCACUCAGUUUGAAUACGGCCACCCUAACUUGCACUACUCUCCUGCUGGAACAGGCUACCCAUAUGGAGCUUAUCAGCCUCCCGUGAAUUCCUGCAGACCCUCUAGUUGUGCCCAGCCGGCUGCUUCUGUUCACACCCACGGUGUUAAAAGCAAACAUCCUCCUCCUAUGAGGCACUGUACGUCGGCAGGGGCACUGCUACAGCCAGCUAUCGCACACAUCCGUCGGUCACCAGAAAUGACGGACAUUGCAUACAUCGAGGACAGUGCAAUGGUAUUCGAAGGAACCCAGAUCAAAGAGGAAAUGUCGUUUGAUAUCGAGCAAGAUCUUCAAGAGGGAGGUGCUGCUAAUACUACUACUACUUCUGGAGCAAAAAUCUUUGACUUUACAACCACUGAAGCUGAAAUUGUGUGACAUGAUCAUGAUGACUGAAGUAAAAACUACACCAUGUGAAAUGCACAUUUUACCUACAAAGCAGAAGUACUCAUUUAUAUGUGAUUUGGUUAUGUCUACUGCAGAGGGUUUCAUGCAUCUGUAGGUUAUUGUUUUGUCCAUUUGUUAACUGCUGCAAUGGUU